UGCUACUAAGUCUGGACGCCUCACGGUGCGAUUUCCGUCACCCGGAAAUUAUGACGUGCGUUCAUUAAGCGAGUCGUGGAGAGGCUUGCAAGUGUGGAGUGUCUUCAUCAUACCGUUUAUUAAACGUCAGUACUGAAAACACUGCCUUUUCAUUGUCUACUGCCGCUUCAAAUGAGCCUGUCAUCCACACACCUUCUUCAGAGAGUAGGGAGGAAAACACGCAUGGGUGUUCCGUCCCACGCGGCGCUGCACGCCGCGGGAGGACGGGCGGGUUGGGCGAACUCCAGGAGGCACUCAGUACCAGACGGGUGGGCAAGCAGGUGGCCGCGUCCUGCCGCCUCCAUCGCCCAGCCGACCAAGCAACAAGUGCGCCCUAGUCGAGAUAACUCUGUGGUGUUCGUACCUGAUUUCACUUUCCAGUUUGUGUCUUCUUUCAUAAUGUAAGGAAAUGUUCUCGGCUUUUCCUCUCGUUGUAAACAGAGGUAAGGAAAACUGCCGCGGAACGUAGGUGAUGACUUCCGUGUCCUUAUAACACUUUGAAGAUCAGAACUGUUGCUCCCUCGGCCUCAUUCGUGCAAGUGACUCCUGGCCAGACAUGCUCCCCUCGCACCUCCUCGCCGGCUGACGUGCGUGGUGGGUGUCACCGGCUGAUCAUCGCGGAACACUGCGGGGUCCAGUGUGAUGGCGGGGCCUGGAGCGGCACCUCACCUGCCCCCCGCCACCUUCAGCACAGCCCAACAGUCAUUUAUGUCGAUCUCGCCAACCAUUCUGCCGGCUGAGUCGACCUUCUCCGCCAUCACCACCUCUGCCCCUUCAAGAGCCACAACUGCCACCACCUCCGCCACCACCUCGAGGACGACAAUCUUCCCAGACAAGAUGGGAGUAUUAGGUGCUCAGAGCAAGUUGCAAAACGAUUACAAUGAAGGGCAAGCAUCGUCAUCCCUUCCACGCCUGCAGCCAGACCACGCCUACCCAGAGGUGAUAGUGUCUGCGGGAGUUCCUUCCUACCACGAGCCGCGGGAGUCCUACACAUAUCGUGCACGUGCCCGGGAGCCAGUGAGCCGCGGCGAUGACCAGAGCUUCCACCGCGUGCCCUCGCCUCCUACCAUCACUGUGGGCUCCGUCACUGUGCGGGUCGAGGAGAUCUGCCUCGUGCUGGUGGUGUUGAUGCUGUGGGCUGGAGCCAUCACCCUCUUCAUCAACAGGUGGGGUAAGCUGCGCAUGUUGGAACCGUACCAGCCAGCCUACACGGCGCCUGUUGUGCCGCCCCGCCCCCCACCCCCGCCCCUGGGGCCCUGCAUCAAUAUUCAGAGCACGUCAGACUUAACUCUGACAGAAGGUGGUGCCCUUGGGAGCAGGUAUGAUCUGGCAGGCUCAGAGCUUUAUGGACGAGGCUCCCUGGCCAGCGGCUACCUAGGGAUGGCUCGUUCGCCUUCCUGCCUCAGCGUGAGAACCCUCAACCCCCAGCGGAAGGUUAAGAGUGCUGUAGACCUCGUCUCUUUGGUCAUGCAAGAAAAGAUGUCCUCCAACCUAAACUUCGGCGCCACCAAUGUUUAGGCAACCUUAACUCGAACUGUUAAUCUGGUUGUUUCUAUAGGUAUAUUGUCUCAACUUUAUCCACACGCUCCCUUACUUUGAUAGCAUAGCACAUAACCCUGUACUGUAGGGUGACAAAAUUAAUUUACUAAUCAGGCUGCAUCAGCAACCAACUAAUGGCUCCAAAAAUACAAGAAAGACACGGACACAGCAACGUUAGCUACAGGGAAAAACAGGCAACGGUGACUGAUGUGGUAAAGGAACGCUUCCAACGGAUGAAAUGUUUUAGGCUGAGAAGUAUUACGACCAAACAAUUUAUAAACAUGCACCAUGACAAUGUAACACCUUUAGGAGGGGUGGACAGCGUGAGGCCAAGGGGAGAAACAGGCUGACGAGGGAGAGUGUAGAAUGGAAAAAGGGUAAGAAAUGGAAAGCAGACAAAAAGCUCCACCUUGUUUGUAGAUUGUGAUACUGGACCUAAUAAAACAAUUGCGAUACUGGACCUAAUAAAACAAUUGCGAUACUGGACCUAAUAAAACAAUUGCGAUACUGGACCUAAUAAAACAAUUGCGAUACUGGACCUAAUAAAACAAUUGCGAUACUGGACCUAAUAAAAC